CCUGGGUUGAGCAAUCGGAAGACAGGUACAGGUUGAAACCAAGGCGGGGUGACAAGGGCUUGGUAGAGAUUCGGCCUUGAUGUCAGCUGCGCAGCAUGAGCUCACCAGAGCUAAGCUUCUGGUAAGCAUUCAGCGACUGGUUGUGCUCUGCGUACACGCAAUGAGGAGCAUCCAAUCCCAGCGAGAAUGCAUACAAGGGUCGGCUCGAUCUUCCACCAAAAAAUGCACACAAAGAUGUGCACAAGGCAACUAUUACCUGUCUGCUAUAGUACAUGAUUCAUCAGCACAAAUGAUAACCUCUCCAACCGCGACAAUCUGCUAAAGUUUAUUUGUCUCGACCCCUGACACUUGCCUAAUCGCCGGGACCCCGGUUGACCUACGCGGCUGACGAAACAAAGGGGAAUCGAUUGUGGAAGAACCGGGACGCCUCGGUUGUUUUUUUUUGGGUUCCUCUACCGGAGACGAUUUGAUACGCCCUCAAGGGGUUGAAGGCGCCUAGCCUGCCUAGCCUGCCUAGCAUUCGGCGUCAAGCCUUGGGACGGUAUCAAGAAACGCUAUUGCACGGUAUACUCGCUUCCUGUGGUGGACAAUGGAUGGUUUCAGCCGCGUGAACUGGUCGGUCGCACUUAGCUGUGACUAAAUCGCCAAUUCACUAGUCUGCCGGCAGAGUUGAAUACGACCGCCUCGUGAGACUAUCGGAUACGUUCUUUGGAGCAUUUGUUAGGGAUAGAGAAUGUAGCAACACACUGGCUUGGUAUGAUGAGGGGCCAAGCAGUAUACAAUCUUACGCAAUACCACUGGAACAACCAAUGUGAGCUGUACAAGAAUCAUCCGCUUUCUGGGGCCUCCACCAGUCCGCCAUGCAACUGGGAAACUUCCGAGGCGGGCAAGGUGGAACAUAGCGAUUUUUAGAUGCUUGGAUGAGACGGCAAAGACGAGUCAAACAAGUCCGACAAUCCGCAUGUGGAUCGGGUCAAGAAGAUCUUCGGUUGUCUAGAAUGCAAGCUCAACUGAAAGUGCCCUAAACGUGUACGCUGUUUGGAACUUCUGCAAAUCAUUGAGACCAGGCCAUUCCCUCUCUUUGAGAAAAUGACAAGAUGACCAGAG